AUGAGAAGACGUACGCUUCGAGGGCACAAUGCAGUCCCAGCAAGUCUUCAGAAGCGUGGCUGCUGCCUCAAGAAGGACGCAGUUCCCACCCAGCGCCCCCCACCUCCCUGGCCCCUGCCCUCUGACACAAGUCAGGCCCAGUCGUGCCCCCCAAGACUGGUGAAACUGGACCACUACACCCCCUCCCAUGCACUGCCCUCCGUGAAGGGCAGCAGCAGGCAGAAGCUGGAUCAGAGAACCUUCACAGAGCAGAUACAUGAGGGCAAGGACAAUGGCUACCUGUUCCCCAAAGUGUACUUGGCAGAUGCCACCCACGAGUGCAUGCACCACAACCCCAAGCUGUCCUCUGAUCUGCAGGGCAAGCGCCACACCAUGAUAGCUGUCAAGAUCGUCUCCACAACCGAGGCCCCGGUGGAGUUUUCCCGCGAGCUCCUGCCCCGUGAGAUCCUAUCACUCAACACUACCUACAAGCACCUGAACGUGGUGCAGCUGUAUGAGACCUAUCAGAGCAGCCAGCUCGUGCCGGAGCUGGUGGCCCAGGGCGACCUGCUGGAGCACAUCAACGCUGCGUUGGACCACCUCUGCCACCCAGGGCUGGAGGAGAAGGAAGUCCUUGGACUGUUCUGGCAGCUGGUCAGUGCCAUGGCACACUACCACAGCAUGGGCAUCGCGUACCAGAGACAGCGGGACCUGAAGGGCGAGAACAUCCUGCUGGAUGACCACGGCCUUCUCAAGCUGACCGAUUUUGGCUUUGCCGACUGCAUGGGGCCCAGGAACUCACUGCUCAGCACUUUCUGUGACUCCCCAGUCUACACGCCCGAGAUCCUCAUGAGCAGCAAGUAUAGCAGGGAGCAGGCCGACCUGUGGAGCCUAGGUGUCAUCCUCUAUGCCAUGGUGAGUAAGAAGCUGCCCUUCAAGGAGCCCCAGCCCCACUGCAUGCUGCACCUCAUGCACUGCGGUCCCACCUUCUGGCCAGCUGUGAGCCCUCGCCCACAGUGCCAGGACCUGAUUUGGGGGCUGCUGCAGCUGUGUCCAAACACAUGCCUGGGCCUGCAGCGAACACCCUUUUCCUCAGUGCUGUGCCAGAGAAGCAGGUGCAGUCCCAAUUCCCAGCAUCCAUGGAUGACCUGGAGCCUGGUACAGACUUAG